UUUUGCACAUGCUUUCAUUUCAUAAGUUUUGUUGCAUUUUUUGGUUAUCGCAUUGAUAUAUUGAUUCUACUAGUUCUAAUACGCUUUUACUAUUAUAUAUGUAUUUUAACUUGUAUGUGUAUUAUUCAAUAAAUUGUGUACUUGUAGUAUAUUGACAAAAUCAUUCGUAUAUACUUUCAUUCAUACAUGUGCACUGCCAGUUAAUGGAAUAUAUAGCCAAUGCGCUAUAUGUAUUAUGUGCCAUUAAAAUAGAGCAAUUAAAGAGCAAAAUCUUAAAAUAGAGAAAAUUAAUUGUAAUUAAUUAUAAUUUGACUUAUCAUCUUUGCCUGCAUAAAUAUUUUACAACCGGCUGAUAUUCUUCUAUGUUGUUGUUUACAUCUCGAUUACGAGAUAAAGGUUAUGGAAUACAACGAAAAUACAAUGCAAAUAGAAGAAGAGGAGCAACAAAUCGUAGAAGAUGAACAUGAAGAUGAACAAGUUUCUCAUAAUGAAGUGCAAGAUAAUGAAAAUAAUGUUCCAACUAACAGUUCACAGUCAACAAAUGCAAUAAAUGAAAAUUUGGAUAUUUCGAAUAUAGACUCUGAUCAAGCAUGCCCAAUUUGCAUGGAACAAUGGACUAGUUCAGGAGAACAUCGCUUAUGUUGUUUACGCUGUGGACAUUUAUUUGGACACAGUUGUAUCCUGAGAUGGCUACAAUAUUCUUGCAAUAGUACAAAUCGUCGUUGUCCACAAUGCAACAAGAAAGCUUUAGUAAAACAUAUUAGAAUGUUAUAUGCAAACAAAUUGACAGCACUAGAUACUGUUGAAUAUGACAAAGUGAAGAAGGAAUUACUUAAUGUAACAGCUGAAAAGAAUCGUAUACAAAUGGAAUUAUCGCAGUAUGAUAUCCGUUUGAAAGUGUUUGAUCAGCAAAUGGCUUCCAUGAAGAAACGCAUUUCCGAACUGGAAAGUCAACAAUCUGAGAUAGAUAUUCAUGUGAAUCAAAAUACUUCGAAUCCUUCCACUAGAAAAUUUCAUCUGGAACGAUCCAUAGAGAUUUGCAAAGAGGGUGCAUGUCGUGUUCUAGAUUUUAAUCCAUGGUAUAAAUUUUUGGCUAUUUCUCAGAAAUCAACGAACACACUGUUCAAUGGAUAUGGCAUAAGGAAGAUUGAGUGUGAAUACUUCCAGUCACAACAAUUUGUUUUCUUACACACUCAGGCCAUAAGAGAUGUAACUUUUCAUUCUACACAACAAAUGCUUCUUCUGAGUGUUGGUUUUGAUAAAUGUGCAAAACUAAUGGACAUUCAAAAUAAUACAAUAGUGCACUCAUAUCAAACAGAAUAUCCACUUUGGAGUUGUUGCUGGUCAGGUGACAAUCCACACAUUUUCCUAACUGGUGCACAAAAUGGAUCCAUUACUCAAUUUGAUAUCAGACAAACUUCUGGUGCUGUUAGUGUCUUAGAUGGUCAAGGUGACAGAUCACCAGUUGUAUCAAUGGCAACAGUACCGCCAAAUCCUAGUAGUGGUAUCAGUAGGGGUGGAUUUAUAGCGUGUCGCUUUCAUACGUGUUAUACAUAUGAAAUUAAAGACACUAUAUAUUUACCCAAACAAGUAUUUUUGGAAGGUCCCUUUGUUUCAGUACGUUAUGACGACAAAAAUCAUCAUUAUCUCAUAUCAUCUCGUCCUAAUGCUAGACAACCACAUACAAGACAUGUAGUGUGUACUAUUGAAAAAAAUUUAUCUAAUGAAGAAGUAAUUAUGUGUAAUGCUGUACAUACAUUCCAAGCUGGUAGUUCUCAAAAUCUUUUAUCUCGACCAUGUCACUUAUAUGCAGAAAAUGACACAUUAGUUGCAGCACAUAUGGAAUCAAGUAGUAAUAUAUCAUUGUGGAGUACAGCAAGUGGCAAACAAUUACAUAGUCUUCCUGUAUCAGAUGCUGUUAUGGAUCUAUGUUCGUUUGAAGUUAAUAAGUAUUUAUUUUUAGCAACACUUUCUGCAAAAAGACUUAGACUUUAUAAUUAUGGACAAUUAACAUAAAGUACAAAUAUAUACAAUAUAAUAUAUACAAUGUCUGCCUCUCCAUUUGCUGUGUGUGAUACUUUGCAUGAGACAACCAUGUCUCCUUGUAUAAUAUUAUGACAGACUGAAUUGUUAAAUAUAUUUUCUUUUCUUUUUUUU